CUCUCAAUUAUUGCGACGUUCAACGACCUCACAUCUACGCCUGGGGGAGUCAAUUAGCCACAAUGCGACGGAUAACAAGAUUGCGACGGCCAUCCGGCCUGUCUGCACCAGUCACCCGCUCCCCAAUCGCUCCCCUAGUCGGACAAUCCCCGUCCGUACCCUCCCACCACAUCUCGGCCUCGCCCCGCAAGUCCAUACCGAGAGCAGGACUGCAAUGCCCUGCAUUCGCACGCCUCUACUCAACCGACAAGCAGCCCAACCCGCAGGACCCGAGCCCAGAAGCCAAACCAACACAAGAAGCCUCAUCCCCCGAACCCCCAGUCCCAGUCCCAGUCCCGGAGCCCGAGCAAGUCGGACACUCGCAAUACCUACCCCCCAACCCCGCGCCCGCGCCCACAGCCUCCUCCUCCCCCUCCUCCGCCGCUCCCCUAGCCGAAGCAGCAUUCGGCCCCCUCGACAAAGAAAAGGCCGAAGUAGAAAAAGAGCCGUGGCAGACGUUCCGCCCGCCGCCGCGCCGCCGCACGUACGCGGAGCGCGCGGACCUGGUGUCGGACCGGACGUACGCGCCCGCGCUGCGCGACGACGGGCUCGAGGUCGUGGGGAACACGCGCGGGUGGUGGGACGCGCGCGAGCACUGGCCCGCGUCGGCCGAUUUCGUCGGGUUCCGCGCCCCGGCGCGCGUGCGCGAGAACGCUGUUCUCGAGACUGCUGUUCGCAGGGCUGUUGUUGAGGCUUAUGCGCUUAGGCAGGGGGGGCGCGAGGGGGUGUUGGUGAAGAGGUGGCCGGUGGGCGGGGAGGAGGAGAUGAGGUGUGUUUUGGGGGUUAAGGUUAAGGUUAAGAAUGAUGGAGAGGUGGUGUUGGAUGGUGAUGUGGAGGCGGUUUUGAGGGCGCUGGAGGGGGAGGACGGAUGGGAUGCUGCUGUUAGGCCGGCGCUUGAGGUUGCCGAGGCGGAGGAGUUGAGGCAGGCUUGGGGGAAGGAUUGGAAGGCUGUUUCGCUGGCGGAUCCGAGGAUUAGGUUUGCUGUCACGAAGCGAAUCUUCCAGCUCACCGGCCACCUGGUCCAAGACUUCCAGCUCGCGGGCAUAACCAGCGUCAAGACGCUGCUCCACGUGGUCCUGAAGCCGCCCAAGCCGAAGACGCUCACGAUGGAGAUCCAAGAACGGCGCCAGGACCUCGUACAGCUGCCGAACGUGACGGUGGCGACGAAGCGCAUCACGCGCGGCGACAAGGCGAAGGCGAUCGGCCGGUACAAGCUCAUCGAGGAGGAGUACAAGAAGAGGGACUUGCCGCUGAUUGGCCACGGAUUCGUGAAUAGCAAUACGGACGCUCAGAGGAUUAAGGGUGACGCGUAGUCUGGUUUAUCUGCUACUUAGGUACUUAGGGAGAUAAAAUGGCUACCUCUGUAUUAUACAUGAAUAUGGACGUUCUUCUCGCUCCUGUAUAUGUAGGACAAUGACUUGAUCGUGUUGUAGUGCAUCCUAUCAAGUUUAACCAGACGGAGUCCCCAGCCCCUUUUCGCUUCGCUUGAGGUAUAGAGGAAGUGAUCUGUUAUGUCACAUUCUUCUUCCGGCUAUGAGGAAAGGUAAAGCUAUAUUAGGAUCCUGACUUCUGAACCUUCCCCGUCAAUAUUGUCACAUUAGGCACAUUGUAUAUAUGUACUGGUACGGCAUAAGG